CCAACGGGUCAGUCGAGUCUAUUCACUCCUCGGUGUCGCGCGUAUUGAAUUGUUCUUAAAAAAAAGUUUAUUUGGUUAAUAUGUUUAAAGUAACUGUUUUAUUGUUACUGGCGUUAAGUGAGAAUGUAUUAUCCCAUACAUAUCACCUGGGAGCGUGCCCAGCAGUGGAACCAAUGCCAGGAUUUGACAUGAACCAGAUGUUGGGUUUAUGGUACGUGAUUCAAAAGACAUCGACAGCUUCACACUGCAUCACCUACAACUUCACGAAGACUGACGAACCUGGCACUUACCAACUGGAACAAUUAUCUCAACACUUCAUUUUGGGCUUGACGCCCCUGAAACAUGACUACAGGUAUACCGGCAUUUUAACCGUCCCCGACUCAGCAGUGCCCGCACGAAUGAAAGUACAAUUUCCUCUAAGUGUUGCCGGUUCCGCAAGCUACACGGUCAUGUCGACCGAUUAUACAACAUACGCAGCAAUAUUUACCUGUCAGAAACUUGCGUUUGCUAACCGUCAUUCUGCAACGAUUCUCUCUAGAACAAAGGAACUGGAUAAAAUGUUUGUUGACAAGACUCGUUCAAAGCUGGCAUCUUUUGGCGUGGACCCGUACGACUUGUCCAUCAUAUCACAGACGGAAUGCCCGAAGCACCCGAACGGCAGUACGGAGGGAGUUAACAUAAACAUCGACCCGAAUACGUUUUCGUCUCACAAUAUCGGCGAAGCAGUGAGAAAAACUGGUGGUGUUAUCGCUGAUGGUGUCGAGUACGUAGUAGAAGCCGGUAAAAAAGUCUAUAAAAAGGUAGCGAGCAGUAAGGAGGACCUAACUGAGCCGCCUACUCAGCCCUUGCGCUCAUUAGACGCAGACGCCGAGUGGCUACCCUAACGCUUCAAUCAUGUGAAAUCGUCACUAAUGUACAUUUUACAUGUCUGUGUGUGUUAUGUACUUGUUGGUGUCUUGCAUUUAAAUAAUACUCUCUUGUGCCAAAUGAAAAUAAUUAAGAUAAUUUCAACAAACGGAGGUUACAAAAGUGUAAUGUAAAUAAAAUAUUAAAGUCAUUUUAAUAA